AUGCGCCCGCACACACCCGCUAAAGUCGCAACCACCGCAAGUGACGGGGCUACGACGACGAAGACGACGUCGCAUCCCGUUCUUCUGGGCUGUGGGCUGAAUUGGGCCUCGUUCGUCGCGUCGCACCCGUUCGAGGUGAAGGAGCUGACCUCCGUGCUCGUCGGAGACGGGAGUGACGACGACGGAGUUCCUGAGGAGCGCGACGCACUUGUGCAGGCACAACUGCCAGUGGCGUCCGUCGUGACUUCUGGCGCAACUCUUGAGAGGGUCUUCACGGAGGCGAUGGUGUGCGCGUCGGCAAGGGCGGAGGUGGCGCGCAAGGUGCAGCACAUUGCCACUGUGUGGUGUCUGCAUCCGUCCUCGGAGUACGUGGCGACGCUGUGCUGGCCGAUGGAGGGCGGCGAAAGCGCAAGCACCACGACAGCGGUGCUGAAGGUGCAAACCGAGGGCGGGCGCGCGCCACUGGACUUGCGCGCAGUAUCGCUGCAUGUAGUUGACCGCGGCUCUCUUGUCUUCCAUCCAGAAUUCACACGCUGCAUCCUUGCACAGGGGGCAGAGAGGUUCAUGUAUUACGUACCACCGAAUCCGCUGGAGGCCACUACGGCUCUCCCGUUCAUGCGGGGGUUGUGGUACAACGGACUUUUUUCGCUGCUGGAGUUGCUGAGGAUAGGGCCGCAGCACGUGGUCAUGCUCUUUGUGCUCCCCAACGGCGACACACGCUACACGCUCGACCUUGCGCCGGAAUCGCCCGCGGUGCCGGCUCCUUCGUCGACACACCAGCAGGGCUCGGGAGCUUUAGGGAGCGCAGCGAGUCGCAAUGCCACAGCGUCCUUGUAUCCGUGGCGCCGUCAGAGCAAGGUCCGGCGUGUCAUCCGCUCCGGCGCGUACGUGGUGGUUGUCCGCGAUGACACUGCGGGUGUCGUGGAAAGUCUGCAGAGGGCAUGCUCGUAUCACGGACAGAACAAGAGGAGCACGUGGCUCAACGACAUCUUCAUUCACCUCAUGGGGCAGUGCAGCCGCAGGGACAUAUUGUGCAGCGCGGACGCCGCCGCCUCACAGCCCGCAGAGGCAGAUAAGGCAAACGACGUACGGCUUCUGUGCAUUGAGCUGGUGGAGAAGGCGACAGGUGAAGUGAUGGCGGGCUGCUGCGGCAUGGCGGUGGGGUGUGCGUACCACGACUACACCAUGUAUACGCUGCGGCAGACCAAGGACGGACUCGGCACCUUCCUGACGAAGCUGAUCGGCGAGGCGCUGCAGCGGUGCGGGUACACCCUUUGGUACUGGGGGUUCUGCGUGGAGUACAUGCGACAUUUCGAGCGGCACUUCGGCGCUGUCGACAUGCCACGAGACGUCUUUUACCGUCGCUGGAGCGCGGCGCGCGACGCUGCGCCAGAGUGCAGCAUUGACGCGUACCUGCGGUCUCACAAGGGGAUGGUGCCUUACUACGAGGGGACCAGCGCGCUUGUGAAGAGUAAGCCCUAG